AAGACGCAAACAGGUAGAACAAGAAUUUCCGAAAAUGAGUGAUAAUAGUUCUCAGCCUGGCAGGAUCAAACGGAAACCGUCGGGGAUUUUGAAACAGGACACACUCAAAACCCGCAGUUUGUCAGGCUCGUCUUCGAUUGGUUGUGAAACAACGGCCGCUCAUAAAAACGAGUUUUCACCGCCCUCAUCGGUGUCCCAGCUAUCCGUCACAUGGGCUUUUCAAUUGGACGGCAAUCGUAGAAACAGCGGAGUGGACUUGCGAAACAACGUCAGCGAUGAUGAAGUAUUCGAUGAAAAAAUAUUGACAACCAUGAAAUCUCCCGAAAGUCUACUGUCCAGUGAAAUUCAGACCUCACAACACGACGAUGAUGAUUAUUCGGCAAGUAUCAACGCAAUCUUGAAACGCAAGGCUAGUGUCAAGAAGAAGCGGGUGCCCCGAAACCUUCGCCGGUCAUCGAGCCUGACGAAUCAAGCUAUGGGAAGUGGUGAACGGAGACGCUCCAGUGUGUACACCAGCAGCUCUGGGGAGACGGCAAUUACGCUCGAGGAAGCCCGAGAAGAGUCUACACAGGAUAAAAUUUUCGAGAAUAUUCGUCUUCACAAGGAGGUUCUAAGGUCGGUUAAGCUUGAACCAUGGAGUAUGAAGCGGAAAUUGAAGCUAGUGAAACAGGCUAAAAGUUACAUCUCAAAACAUGAAGGCGUCCUGCAGGAACAUUUCUCUUCACGAACGGCGAAGAGUUUGCUCACUCAGUUCAACAUAUUCCUGGGAACGAAAUGGCGCCAAAUACUGAGAGAGAUGACCAAUCUUUCGACCUAUUUGAUCCCGUGGGAAUCCCGGGUCAAGGAAAUCGAGUCCCAUUUCGGUUCGGUGGUAGCGUCCUAUUUCACCUUUCUCCGGUGGUUGUUUUGGGUGAACAUUGUAAUUUCGUUUCUGCUUAUCGUGUUCGUAAUGAUGCCCGAGGAAAUUUAUAACGAUUCCGAGAAAGCGCAGUGCGACAUCCGGAAGACGAUGUCCCGCCAGGAAAAGGAGAUAUCGUCGAACUUUAGCACGAUUUGGGAGUUUGAGGGACGCUUGAAGUAUUCGUCGUUGUUUUACGGGUACUAUUCUACGUUUUCCGGAGCGAUCGCACGAGGAUAUAAUCUACCAUUGGCAUAUUUUUUAACUGGUUUGAUGGUAUACAUAUACAGUUUUGUAGCAACGCUUAAAAAAAUGGCGAAAAACUCCCGAAUGUCAAAACUUUCCUCCAAAGAUGAUGAUUACGUUUUCUCCUGGAAGCUUUUCACCGGUUGGGACUAUAUGAUAGGACAUACGGAGACAUCCCAGAAUAGGAUGGCCUCGAUUAUUCUAGGUUUCAAGGAAGCACUGCUUGAAGAAGCGGAAAAGAAAAAGGACACCAGGAAUUGGCGAAUAAUACUUUUGCGAAUAGCGGUCAACUUUGUUAUUUUAGGCCUGUUAGCAAUAUCGGCCUUCGCCGUUGUUCGAGUGGUUCAACGAUCGAUGGACAUCGAUGAAUCUGAUUCGUGGUGGACACGGAAUGAAAUCACGAUAGUCAUGUCACUGAUAACAUUUUUCUUCCCCAUGUUUUUCGAGGCACUAGGUUUGCUAGAAUACUACCAUCCAAGAAAGCAACUCAGAAUCCAACUUGCCCGAAUUAUGGUGCUGAAUCUUCUCAAUUUGUACUCGCUGAUAUUCGCUCUUUUCGAUAAAAUCACCCACAUGACGGACGAGUUGAGAAAAAUGAAACCUUCCAAUUUCACCUACGAUACACAGUGCUUCCUGUCAAACAUAAAUCGGUCAUUUGGUUCGCCUGUGACGACAUCAAGUGUGAUUUUUGACAAACCAAUGUCGCAACCACUGAUCCAGGAUUUGUUCUACAACCUUUCGGAUAAUUGUUACAAAGUUUUCGUAGACUGCGUCACCCCAAACACGCUGAGCACAACUUUGCUAGCAACCCUACUCGUGACUAACCAAUCUGUCACUCAAAUGUCAAGUGGAACAACCGAGGGUUUGACAACCCUAAGUAUGCUUUACGACUCGAUGUCGUCAACAACCGAUUAUACUUCCUCUUCCACCAUUACUGGAUUAGAGGAGAAACCAGCCGAUGAAUACGACUUUGACUAUGACGAAGAAGAUGCUGCCUAUUAUCUGGAGCAGCGAAUGCGUAAUUUACCAUCCGUUCAAUUUGAGGGAGUGCCUAUUAAUAAGAGAGAAAUCAACGCCAGCUUUGAUCUGAUGGAAAUUGUCAAUUACACUACCUUCGAUGAUUAUAACGUUACCGAAACUACAGUCCAAGAAUCGCUAGCCGAUUUUAUCACUCAAUCGCUACAACUAAAUCAUUAUGACGCGGUAAAUUACGAUGUAGCACCAGAGCUCACCGAACCACAACCGUCGGAUGCUGCGGUCUUCGAAACAUCCGAUCGUAGUACGAGCGAUCAUGAUGAACCAAAAUGUUAUCAAUGGGUUUGCAUAGAGGAUUCAAACCCAACCACGACGCGGUUCGAUUUUGGGGAUAGUGAGUUUCCGACCGAGUCAGUAAUGACGACUCCGGAGGUUUUUGUGGUUGACACUACCAGUCACAUUUCUGUGUUUUCCAGCACGGAGCGACCUCACGUGGGUGCUCAGGAAAGUAAAUUCAGAAACGCAGACAUUCGCACUCUGUGCUGGGAAACCAUGUUCGGGCAAGAGCUGGCGAAAUUAACGAUUAUGGAUUUGAUUGUUACAAUUUUUUCGACUAUGAUCUUGGAUUUUCUAAGAGCAUUAUUUGUACGAUUCAUGAACAACUGUUGGUGCUGGGAUUUGGAGAAAACUUACCCGAAGUACGGAGAUUUUAAAAUAGCAGAGAAUAUUUUGCACCUAGUGAACAACCAAGGCAUGGUCUGGAUGGGAAUGUUUUUCUCGCCCGGACUGGCAGUGAUUAACAUUUUCAAACUAGUCAUAAUCAUGUAUCUUCGGUCGUGGACGGUUCUCACGUGUAACGUGCCUCACGAGGUGGUCUUUAGGGCUUCCCGAUCGAACAAUUUUUACUUUGCGCUCCUGCUCACCAUGCUCUUCCUGUGUGUUCUUCCUGUCAGUUAUGCAAUAGUAUUUUUGGAACCAUCCUGGCACUGUGGACCGUUUUCACAUUCGAACCGAAUUUACCAUCUAUUAACAAACGCAACCGAUAAAAUCGUCCCAGAUAUCAUCACCCGUUACAUAGUUUCCCCUGCAGCCGUUAUUCCACUGGUCGUCCUGUUGAUCCUAAUAAUAUACUAUUUAAUUUCCCUGACCGGUUCCCUGCGGGAAGCCAAUCAAGACUUGAAGCUGCAGCUCAGGAAAGAGCGCACAGAAGAACGGCGAAAAAUGUUCAAAAUCGCCACGAACCAACAUUGUCAAUCGAAUGAGGGAGCAAACGGGUUAUCCAGCUCGUGGCACAAAGUCCUGGACUCAACACAGCUUAAACUGCAACCGUCGUCGAACGAAAACAACGUAGGUGAUGGCAGCGGGAAUAAGCACCGCGAGCUGAUGCAACGAAUGAUGAAAAAAGUUCUUCAGAAGGAGAAAACUGCGUCAGACAGUCUGGAGCCAGAGGCUCAGAAGGAGAAUACUUUAUUCACAGAAAUCAGCGAAAGAGAAAACGGGAAGGCUGUGCCUUCCAAGCGCUUGUCAGCGAAAGAAUCUAAACCGAAAAAGGACAUUUUUCUUGGAUUGAAUAACGAGAAUGCUGCUGUAGAUCAAAAUCGUAAAACCUCGAAAUGGGUGGAGAACAUCCCAGUGAUUACCAUCAGCAAAACCUCUAGUGACGAGUGUAUUCUCGACUCGGACGUGGAGGAAGCAUCGGAUAAUGCAAAUAUUGAAUCUUAAAAAUAAUUGUUUGGUCGAUGUGGUGUUUAGCGUGUACUAGUGUUUUUAAAAAUAAACAUGUUAGGAGUCUACCAUUUGAAACACGUUUAUCAUUGAAACACUUCACUUAGAGAACUGAGUAAAGUUUGAUGAAAGCACCAUAUACCAUUAAUGUAAUACUGAUAAUUCGCCAGAAACUCACAAUAGAUUGAGUUCCAAAGCUAACUUUUAACCUUGUGCAACAAACCGAAUUAAAAUCGGUCGAACGAGAAUCAAAUGAGAGCAAAAUAAGUGAUAUAUCCCCAAAAAAGCCCUUGCGGAACAGAUUGUAUGGGGCUUCACUAAUAAAAAAAUCACAAGAAGGUUGUAUGCAAAGCCACGACCGCAAGGUUGAAGUAGAAUACUUUUACAAGAAAGAUAACCUGGCUGCUUGCGUGUCAGUCAUUUUUUCUAGUAAAUAAACGUUGACCGUUCAUUGGCAGUAUUGUAAUUUCUUUUUGUCUGAUAUUUCGAAUGAAGUUCAUUGGAUAUUUUUAAAUUGUGUGCAAAUGAGAAGUUGAAGUGCUGCCGAAUUGUAAUAUGCACAUUUAAUACGACAUCAUUAAACGGGAACGGAACAAAGGCUACGGUUAUGCA